CCGGGGGCGGGACGGCCAUUGGUCGGCUGCUGGCGAUGGAGGCGCCCGAGGGAGACGGGCCGGACGGAGACCGAGCCGCAACCCGCUCGCCCCGCGGCUGCCCGGCCGUCCCCGCGCCCACCCGCCUGCGCGCCUUCCUCUGGUGCCGGGAGUUCCUGGCCGGGGCCUGGCGCCGCCUGGCCGCCCCCGAGCAGCUGGGCAUCGUCCCCGUCAGUGGCGGCCUGAGCAACCUGCUGUACAAGUGCUCCCUGCCGGACCACGUCCCGAGUGUCCAGGAGGAGCCCCGCCAGGUCCUGCUCCGCGUCUACGGCGUCAUCCUGCAGGGGGUGGACUCGCUGGUUCUGGAGAGCGUCAUGUUUGCCAUCCUGGCCGAGCGGGCGCUGGGACCACGGCUGUAUGGCAUCUUCCCGCAGGGCCGCCUGGAGGAAUACAUCCCGAGCCGCCGCCUGGUGACGGAGGACCUGCCCGAGCCGAGCAUCUCCGGGGAGAUCGCGGUGAAGAUGGCCCGCUUCCAUGGCAUGGAGAUGCCCUUCAACAAGGAGCCCAAGUGGAUGUUUGGGACCAUGGAGCGGUACCUGAAGCAGAUCUCGGAGCUCACCUUUCCCCAGGAGGCCCAGCGGCACAAGCUGAACCGGCUCAAGGCCUACGACCUGGAGGCCGAAAUGCACAGCCUCAGGACGCUGCUGGAGGCCACGCCGUCCCCCGUGGUUUUCUGCCACAAUGACGUGCAGGAAGGGAACAUCCUCAUCCUGGCUGGGCGCCAGGCCGCCUCCACCGACCGGCUGAUGCUCAUCGACUUUGAGUACAGCAGCUACAACUACCGGGGCUUCGACAUUGCCAAUCACUUCUGCGAGUGGGUCUACAGCUACGCCCACGACGAGUGGCCCUUCUACAAAGCCAGCCCGGAGAACUACCCCAGCCGCGAGCAGCAGCUGCACUUCAUCCGGUGUUACCUGGAGGAGGCAGGGGGGAAGGCCGACCCCCCCUCACCAGAGGAGCAGGAGCGCCUGGAGGCCAAGAUGCUUCUGGAGAUCAGCCGGUUCACCUUGGCCUCCCAUUUCUUCUGGGGCCUCUGGUCCAUCCUGCAGGCCAAGAUCUCCACCAUUGAGUUUGGCUACCUGGAAUACGCCCAGGGCCGCUUUGAGGCCUACUUCCAGCAGAAGGCCCGGGGCGAGUGACCGCUGGCUGUCCGGCGGCCAUAAACUGGCCUGACCAGAGCUGACAUAUCGCACAGCUGGAGCCGAAGGACCAAGACAGGCGGGGCGGCUGGUCAGCCCUCCUGCAAGAGACGCUUUGGGGCCUUUGGAGGCCUGGAUGGACUCGGCCAACCUGGUUUUGGGGGGGCUCCCAUGACGCCCUGCAGGGCGAGGGGUCGGCCGCAGCCUCCUUCCGGAUCGGCUGGGGGCAUUGGGGGUGGGGGGUCCAUGCCUUCCUCAGGGGCAGCCCAGGUUGGCAGGCGGGAGGGAUAUGGGGCACGGGGCCUCUCACGCCUGGGCUGCCUCGGGGCUCCAGGCUCCGUCCUCUCCUGCCCGGCGCCUGCAUGGAGCCGCCAGGCGAGGGCUGCCUUCCAGGUGGAGGUUCUGCCAGCGCAAGCGGACAGCCAGGGCACCUGUGAACUUCGCCCCUUUGUGUGGCUCUGGUUGCCCACACCUGACAGUAUGAUCCCCCCCUCCGUCGCCCAGCUAUGUUCCCCCCCCCCUUGGAGGGGGCCGCAUUUCCCCGUUCCAGACUGGGGUGCAGCUGGGGGGGGGGCGGUUUCCUUCUGCCACUAGACGAGUCUUUGCGCUUUUCAUCCUGUGCGCCAGUUGCACCCUCUGCCUUCCCUUCCGUCACUCACACCCUGGUCGCCUGCAACGCCCUCUAGAUGGGGCUGCCCUUGAAGACCAACCCAGCCGUGCUGCAGAGGCUCAUGGGCACCUCCCGCGUGCCCCUCGGUCGCCACUGGGAGG